AUGCCUACCAUCGAUUCCACAGAAGCCUCUCAGGCAGUCUCCGUUCUGGAGGAGCUACUUAAGUCGCUCUCCGUCUCGAAAAACGAGGCCGAGACCCGGGAUGCUGCCCACAACAUCGCCACCCUCCUGAAUGGCCCAACCGACGAGCAGGUUCUCCCAGUCAAAGCCGUUGAGUCUCUCAAAAAGCAGCUGGCAAACAAAAAGGAUGCCUCGUCGCGGGAAAAGGCCCUCGAUGCCAUCACCGCCAUCGCUAACCACUCCACUGUCUCGCCCGCCGUCGAGCCCUACCUCCUCUCCCUGCUUGGCCCCACGCUUGUUGCCGUCAGCGACAAGAUGGUCUCCGUCAAGAACCUGGCCCAGGAAGCCGCCGUCGCCAUCGUCAAGUCCAUCAACGCCAACGCCGUCAAGGCCGCUCUCCCCGCCAUCGUCAGCUCGCUUCAGAACGCCCAGAAGUGGCCCGAGAAGAUCACCGCUCUUCAGUGCAUCGAAGCCCUCGUCGAGUCCGCCCCAGUCCAGCUCGCCUAUCGCGUGCCAGACUUGAUUCCGGUCGUCUCUGAGUCCAUGUGGGACACCAAGCCCGAAGUCAAAAAAGCCGCUUACACCACCAUGGAGAAGGUCUGCGGCCUCAUUGUUAACAAGGAUAUUGAGCGCUUCAUCCCUGAGUUGAUCAAGUGUAUCGCCAAGCCGGAGAACGUCCCCGAGACCGUUCACUUGUUGGGUGCCACCACUUUCGUCACUGAUGUUCACGAACCCACACUCGCAAUCAUGGUUCCUCUGCUUGACCGUGGUUUGGCUGAGCGUGAAACUGCCAUCAAGCGUAAAUCUGCCGUCAUCGUCGACAACAUGUGUAAGCUCGUCGAGGAUCCUCAGAUCGUCGCCGCUUUCUUGCCAAAACUUAUGCCUGCUCUCAACAAGAACUUCGACACUCUCGCCGACCCCGAAGCUCGUGGCAAGACCAAGCAGGCUCUCGAAACUUUGGUCCGCGUUGGUGAUGUCAAAGAUGGCAAGAUCCCCGAAGUUUCGACUGCUGGCGAUAUCGCUACUGUCUCCGCUAUCUUGAAGCAAAUUCUCGAGCCCAAGCACAAGGACUCCAUCUCGAAAUUCCAAGCUACCAUUGACUACAUCUCUGCCAUCGCCGGUCAGCUCAUCGACGAGAAGGUGAUUGACGUUGCAGACUGGACUGAAAACACUCUCUCCUAUCUCUGCGCCAUUGUUGGUGAAAAUGAGGCCAAGCCUGUUGCUGAGACUCUCCGCAAGCGGGCCUCUCCCGGCGCCGCUGAGGAAGCUGAGGUUGAAGAGGAUGAAGAGGAGGGUGAAGACCUUUGCAACUGCACCUUCAACUUGGCCUACGGUGCUAAGAUUCUCCUCAAUCAAACUCACCUCCGCCUUAAGCGUGGCCAACGCUAUGGUCUUUUGGGCCCCAACGGUUCCGGUAAAUCCACUCUCAUGCGCGCCAUUAACAACGAGCAGGUUGAGGGCUUCCCCAAGAAGGAUGAGGUCAAGACUGUCUUCGUUGAGCACGACCUUGAUGCCGCCGACACUGAGCAGACUGUCAUUGGCUGGACUCAGAAGAAACUCAAUGAUGUCGGAAUCACUACUCCUGCUGACGAGAUCGAGGCCAAGUUGCUCGAAUUCGGUUUCCUUCAGGAACAAUUCAAGAACCCAAUCACCUCUCUCUCUGGUGGUUGGAAGAUGAAGCUCGCCCUUGCUCGUGCCGUUUUUGAGGAGCCCGAUAUUCUCUUGCUCGACGAACCCACUAACCAUCUUGAUGUUAAGAACGUUGCCUGGCUUGAGCAGUACCUCAUCAACUCGCCUUGCACUUCCAUCAUUGUCUCUCACGACAGCGGUUUCUUGAACAAUGUCAUCCAGCAUGUCAUCCACUAUGAGCGCUUCAAGCUUCGCCGUUAUCGUGGUAACCUUACCGAGUUCGUCAAGAAGCUCCCAUCUGCUCGCUCUUACUUCGAUCUCGAUGCCUCUGAGAUGGAGUUCAAGUUUCCCGAGCCCGGUUUCCUCGAGGGUGUCAAGACCAAGGCCAAGGCCAUCGUCCGUGUCACCAACAUGUCUUUCCAGUAUCCCGGUACCUCCAAGCCUCAGCUUACCGAUAUCACCUUCCAGUGCUCCCUCGGUUCGCGUAUUGCUGUCAUCGGUCCUAACGGUGCCGGUAAAUCCACCUUGGUCAACAUCUUGACUGGUGAACUUAUCCCCACCGCUGGUGAUAUCUACCAGCACGAGAACAUCCGUAUUGCCUACAUCAAACAGCACGCUUUCGCCCACAUUGAUAACCACUUGGACAAAACUCCUUCCGAGUACAUCCAAUGGCGUUUCCAGACUGGUGAGGAUCGUGAAACUAUGGACCGUGCCAACAAGAUCGUCACAGAGGAAGACGAGAAGGCCAUGGACAAGAUCUAUAAGAUUGAUGGUACCUCGCGCCGUGUCAUUGGCAUCCACUCUCGUCGCAAGUUCAAGAACUCUUAUGAAUACGAAUGUUCUUUCACCCUCGGUGAGAACAUUGGCAUGAAGAACGAGAAAUGGACUCCUAUGAUGACUGCUGACAAUGCCUGGAUUCCCCGUAACGAGAUUCUCGCCACCCACUCGAAGAUGGUCGCCGAAGUUGAUCAGAAGGAAGCCCUUGCCAGCGGUCAGUUCCGCCCUCUUGUCCGCAAGGAAAUCGAAGCCCACUGCGCCAACUUUGGUCUCGACGACGAACUGGUUUCUCACUCCCGCAUGCGUGGUCUCUCUGGAGGUCAGCGUGUCAAGGUUGUGCUCGCCGCCUGCUCGUGGCAGCGACCCCAUUUGAUCGUCCUUGACGAGCCUACCAACUAUCUCGACCGUGACUCCCUUGGUGCCCUCUCCAAGGCUCUCAAGAGCUUCGAGGGUGGUGUCAUUAUCAUUACUCACUCCAAGGAGUUCACUGAGAACUUGACCAGCGAAGUCUGGGCUUGUAUGGACGGAAAGAUGACUCCCUCCGGCCACAACUGGGUACAGGGUCAGGGAUCCGGUCCCCGUCUCACUGAGAAGGAUGACGAUGAGGAUAAAUUUGAUGCUAUGGGUAACAAGAUUGUUGGCGGUCAGAAGAAGAAGAAGCUCACUUCCUCUGAGCUCCGUAAGAAGAAGAAGGACAGGAUGGCUCGUCGCAAGCGUGGUGAAGAAGUCUUCUCCGACGAGGACGAUUAA